AUCAAAGCCAAACAUGGACGGCUCAAUAGCGUUGAUAGUUAGUUGCCCACCCAAUCUCCCAUUCCAAAUCAAACACCCCCCACCAAACGGCCAAACGUAGUGCGCGGGCAUUUCUAAACCUUUCUCAACUCUCUCUCUCUCUCCGAUCCCCCGGGAUCUCGUCACCGCAGUUUCAAAUCUCCCUCACUGCAUGCCGUUGGUGUUUUAUACCUUCCCAAUAAAUUGCCAUCCCCUGCUAUCACUCCCUCUGUACGUCCAUUGUAUUCAUUCACUAUGUGGCGCACGCUCUGGCGAUCUAUCGACCGCUUCUCUCUCCAGCACUUUAAACACGUAAUUAACGAAUUGCGGGUGAUCAAAGUCGUGGACAAGCUUAACAAGGAUUUAGUUGUAGAUUUACUGCAAUCCAUAGUGGAAAUAGUAACAUAUGGUGAUAGACAUGACCCAGCUAUUUUUGAAUGCUUCAUGGAAUAUCAAGUAUUAGGAGAGUUUGUCCGUGUGCUAAAGAUCAGUAAAAACUCAAGAAUUGAGGCACCGUUGCUUCAGUAUCUGAGCAUAAUGAUUCAAAACAUGGAUACUGAUAAUGCAAUUUAUUACUGUUUAAGCAAUGACUAUAUCAAUAGCAUUAUAACCCAUCAGUACCAAUUUGAUGGGGGAGAUCUAGCUUCUUAUUAUGUCUCUUUUCUAAGAGUGGUGAGCUGCAAAUUGAAUAAGGAUACGCUCUGUCUUCUUGUGAAGGUUCAUGAGGAUGCUGUGGUCUCGUUUCCACUGUACAGUGAGGCCCUUAAAUUUGCUUACCAUGGGGAAAAGAUGAUUCAAACGGCCGUACGAGCAUUGACUCUCAACAUAUAUAACGUUGGCGAUGACAUGGUCUAUCAGUUUGUCACAGCUCCUCCUGUUUCUCAGUAUUUCUCAGACUUAAUUCUGAGAAUAAAAAAGCAAUGCCUACAUCUAGAUUCCCUUGUCGAUGUUACAGAUGGAAAGACAGGAGAACUUCUUCUCGAAACUGAUAAGAUUGUGGAUGAUCUCUACUAUCUUGAGGAUGUACUUUCUGUUGAUGAACCGCGUUUGAGCAAAAUGAUUAGCGAGAGUCUUAUCAGCUUAUUGGUUUUUCCCAUGUUGCUCCCAUUGCUGCCGUUACGCCCGAGUAAUGGCCCAUAUGUUUCUGCAGUCACUUCUCUGUUUGUAGUUGCCCGUCUUCUUCAGAUUGUUCAGAGAAAAAGUUUGAUCAACUUCGUGGCUAGUGCUGUUCUAUAUGCUAUGUUUUCAAGUGUGAAAGAUGGUAGUGAAGUAGUCACGAACGGUGGAACUGCACAGGCCAAUGAUUUUGCUUACCCUCUGGAUGAAAUGGUUGGUCCUGAAACGAAGGGUGCAGAAAACUUGAAAAUGAGCUAUCUUCUUGGGUACUUAUCAGAGAACCUGUCACUUGACUGUCGGUUCUCGGGCAUCCCUUGUGAUGAUACAGGGAAAGAAAGGGGUGGAAUACUUCCGCACAUUUUCUCAGAUAAUCAAACUCUAAUGCUGGCAUCUCUCAUGUUGUUGCUUGUUUUAGCUGAAAGUAAAGAUCUGGAUUAUCGGCUGGCUGGGUUGAUAGGUUUCCGCCAAACAGAAACCACGAUGCAGAAGACAUAUGACUCAUCACCUCCACUGGUGUUCGAUAGUAGAGUGUUCAUGAUACAUCUACCUCAGAUUCUACGUGCAUUACUGAAGGUUUUAGCGACCCAACCACCAUUCUCAGUACUAACACAAUGGCAGACAGGGUGGUUCUUGCGGAAACUACUGAUUUUUCAGGAAACGAAGCUUGACAGUCAUGAUAUUCACCUCUUCAAUAGGUCUUAUGAGCAGUCCAGUGAAUGUCUUCGGAAAGAACUUGCUGGUUGCUGGUUUGAUUACAUCCCAGACACUUUGAGAAAUGAAUGGGAGAACUGUAAAAGAGUUCUUGAGGAGUCAUCUCAGCGUAAGGAUCCAUUUUUUGUGCUGGAGCUUGCUAACCACCAACUUACUUCAUGUGGAGGAACUGCUUCUAUACUGGCCUGGCAAAAGAUGAUUGAUGCAGUCAAGGUUUAUGUUCUUCAUCUUCAUUUGAAGGCAUUUAUUUACAGAGGGGACCCUUUCGAAAAUCCCUUGAGGAACUUGAAAAGCACUUCUUUGGCUAUUUCGGGAAGAAAGUAUGUUUCUGAUCUUUCAUCUGCAAGCUUUGGGUCAGAGAUAUCCUUAGUUCUUGCAGGCUCUGGCAUCCCUUGUAAAAUUUCAUUUUCCAAAAUUGGUAUGAGGGAUAUCUAUUUGAUACCUAUAGCAACAGGAAUUUCUGGCAAAUUGCUCCUUUUGGAAAAACAUCCCUUGCACUCAAAGAGGGGAGUUGUAAUUGCAAUUGCUCCAUUGGCUGGGUUGAAUCCAAAGAUAGAUGAAAACCAUCCGACAUGGUUGCAUCUUCAGAUUAGAGAGUUUGAUCCGACGUUUGACGAAAAAAAACUCAGAAGUCACCGCGUGAAUGCUACCAAUCAUGAGGAAGAUGGUAAAUGGACAAUUGGGUUUACGAAUUCAAAAGCAUGUGAUGCUGCUCGAUUGCUCAUACUUGAGGAAACAAAUAAGCAGAGGUCCUCUGUAGAGAGCUUACUUGCUCCAUUGCUCAACAUCUCUCAACAUAUUGCAAAUUGUCAAGGUGACUGAAAGCAUAGAAAAGAGGUUUAGGUUAGUAUACUAACGUUACCAUUUUUCCUUACUGUUUACAUUUUUGUAUAACUUCUCAGCAGUAAUAAAACCUCAAGGAUGAAAUUGGAUAAUUCCCGGGCCUCCGCUCUUAAUUGAAAGAUUUUGGAUAGUGCCAACUUUAAAUUA